CCCGGGAGCGGGCGGCGGGGCGGCGCGGGGCUUCUCCCGCGCCCUGCGGGGGACGGGACAGGCCGCGGCUGGCGCCUCUGCACGGGCAGCCACUAAUCUGCGGGAGACGUCGCUGCCUGGGCCCGCCGGGGGCCGCCUGUGGAGUCGGGUAGCGGGGCAGUAGGGCGGUGGCGGCGGCUGUCGCUGUCGGGCGGGCGGCCGUGCCCCGGCGGGAGGGUGACCCGCCUUACCGCCGCCUCCCCGCGCCCUCCGGGCUCCGGCUCCCCUCAGCACCCUGCUGCUUCCCGCCGCUGGCUCCUGCGGGAAGGGGGAAAGCGCCGCGGAAACGAGAAGCCAGGCUCCUCCGCCUCGGGGGUAGUGGUGUCAGGGACGAAAGCGAUGCCACCGGCUGCCGCCUAAUUCCCCGGGUCGCGCCUGGCCUUUGCGUACGGAUUUUUCCUUCCUCCAGCCGGGGCCUGAAGGGUACGUUUUCACUUUCAGAGAUUAAAACCGAAGCAGCGCUGGCGAGGGACGGACAUGCUUGACACUUGCCUGCGGUUGCUUGUGCUGUGCUACGCUGUUUACCCGGAAAGGAGAGACUGAGACGCUGUUGUUUCCAUCCUCGCCUUCUCGGGUUAUGAUAUAACUGCAAUAAUAAAGCACAAACUGCGUAAGGAGCACCUGGCACCUGAGCAUGGUAGGGUCUUGAACGAAAGUAGCUGGUGUCGACGAGAAGACGAAGGGAAGGAAUGGCAUCCCGGGAGAGGCUGUAUGAGCUUUGGAUGCUUUACUGCAGUAAGAAAGAUCCGGAUUACCUGAAGCUCUGGUUGGAUAGUUUUGUUUCUAGCUAUGAACAGUUUCUGGAUGUGGACUUUGAGAAGCUGCCAACUAGGGUGGAUGACAUUCCUCCAGGAAUAUCGCUGCUUCCUGAUAAUAUUCUUCAGGUCCUCAGGCUCCAGUUACUGCAGUGUGUACAGAAAAUGUCAGAUGGACUAGAAGAGCAGCAGCAGGCUCUGUCACUUUUACUUGUGAAAUUCUUUAUCAUCCUUUGCAGAAAUUUGGCUAACGUGGAGGAGAUUGGGAUGUGUUCAUACAUUAACCAUGUUAUCACCAUGACUACGUUAUACAUUCAACAGUUAAAAAGCAAAACAAAAGAAAAAGAAGUGGCAGAUCAGACCCCCAUGGAGGAGUUUGUGAGACAUGCCUUGGCUUUCUGUGAAAGUCUCUAUGAUCCAUAUCGAAACUGGAGGCAACAAAUUGCAGGACGUUUCCUUAGUACAGUUGAAAAGAGCAGACAGAAGUAUAAACCAGCUUCCCUCACUGUUGAGUUUGUCCCUUUCUUUUACCAAUGCUUUCAAGAAAGUGAACAUCUCAAGGAAAGCCUAAAAUGUUGCCUGCUACAUCUUUUUGGAGCUAUUGUGGCUGGUGGCCAGAGGAAUGCUCUUCAAGCAGUAUCUCCUGCCACCGUGGAAGUCUUGAUGCGUGUCUUAGCAGACUGUGACAACUGGGAUGACAGGAACCCUGAGGAGGUGAGCAGGAAGGCAGAGCUGACUCUGAAGUGCCUGACAGAAGUUGUCCACAUCCUUCUAACCAGCAGUUCUGACCAGCGGCAAGUGGAGACGAGUACAAUAUUGGAGAACUAUUUCAAGCUGCUUAAUUCGGACCACUCAGCUUUACCCAAUCCGAGGCGAUGCAGGCAAUGGGAGAGCAGAUUCAUAGCACUACAGAUUCAAAUGCUGAAUACCAUCACAGCCAUGUUGGACUGCACAGACAGGCCUGUUCUGCAGGCAAUUUUCCUUAACAGUAACUGCUUUGAGCAUCUCAUUCGACUGUUGCAGAACUGCAAGCUGUUUUUAAAUGCUAACAAUAAAGUGGCAGACAAGAGUGAGAAAGACCUUGCCAACAAAUUACUGACAGAAAUGAAUGAGGACCAGGUGUUUCAGGGACACCUAGACUGCUUGGCAGUAUCAACCAUUCAAGCCCUCACAGCAGUAAUGCACAAGUCUCCAGCUGCUAAGGAGGUCUUCAAGGAGAGGAUUGGUUAUGCACACAUAUAUGAGGUACUAAAAUCGCUGGGUCAACCCUCACGGGAAUUGCUGGAAGAACUCAUGAAUAUGGCUGUUGAAGGUGACCACAUGGCUGUUGGGAUACUAGGCAUUAGUAAUGUCCAGCCCUUAUUGCUGCUUAUCCAGUGGCUUCCAGAACUAGAAUCACAUGACCUGCAGAUUUUCAUCUCAAAUUGGUUGAGGCGAAUCUGCUGCAUUAACAGACAGAGUCGUGCCACAUGUGUCAAUGCAAACAUGGUCAUCCGUAUCAUUGAGACACUAAAUUCCCACUCUGUACUCCAUUGUACUUGUGCAGAGAACCUGAUUGCCCUUUUGGGGUCUUUGGGGAGCCAGUCGAUGGGCUCAGAAGAACUGCUUCAACUAAUACGGCUCCUGAGGACUGAGGAACCAAAACAAGCUCACCCUUACGCUGUUCCAGUGAUGCGAGCCAUUCUAGCAAUGGCCCGGAAGCAGGGCAUGGCUAGUGCCUUGCAGUAUUUCAACUUGUACCACAGCAUGGCUGGAAUUGCUGUUCCAUCAAUUCAUAAGUGGCCAGGCUCUGCAUUUUCUUUCAACGCUUGGCUCUGUCUUGACCAGGACCGGGUGGACCCUAGCGCAACUAGCAAAAGCGGCAAGAGAAAGCAACUCUAUAGCUUUUUUACAGGAAGCGGUAUGGGUUUUGAAGCAUUUAUUACGUGCUCUGGGGUACUGGUGGUUGCAGUUUGCACAAAGAGGGAAUAUGCAACGGUGAUGCUACCUGACCAUUGUUUUUUUGAUUCUCUCUGGCACAACAUAACUAUUGUUCACAUGCCUGGAAAGAGGCCCUUUGGUCAGAGCCUUGUGUACAUCUACGUCAAUGGACAGCAGAAAGUCUCUGCCCCACUUCGAUUCCCUGCCAUGAAUGAAUCUUUUACUUCUUGCUGCAUUGGUUCAGCUGGUCAAAGAACAACAACUCCUCCUCCAUCUCAGAUACCAGAUCCACCUUUUUCCUCCCCUGUUAUGCCCCAUCGGACAUCACUUGGGGGCAUUCUCUCUACAGGAGGUUGGGGUGGGAUGCUUGGAAAGCCAGAGCUCAUCACCAAGAUGAUCUCAGCAGGGACUCAGGACAGUGAAUGGGGAUGUCCGACAUCUUUGGAGGGCCAACUUGGAUCAGUUAUAAUCUUUCAUGAAGCACUACAACCUCCUCAGGUGAAAGCAUUGUAUUUAGCAGGUCCAAACUGUUUAACUCCAUGGAAGUCUCAAGAAGCUGAAGUAGCAGACCUUCCCAGUAAGGUACUGCUUCAUUAUACACCAAAGGCCUGCAGAAACCCAAUUUGUCUUGACCUGUCUGCAAAUCUUUUACAUGGAAGACUAACUGGAAACAAAGUAGUUAACUGGGACAUCAAGGAUAUGAUCAACUGUAUUGGUGGAGUAAAUGUGCUCUUUCCAUUGCUGGAGCAGAUCAGUUUUCUCGGUGGACAGAUGCCUGAGAAGUCUGAAGGGGAAACUCUACCUCCAGAACUAGUUACUCCUGUAGAGGGAGACUGGGUGGUAUUGUCAUCCACCAAGGCGUCAGAAGCCCGUCUGGAGAAGAACAUUGUUGCAACUUUCAUCUUGAUGAUAAAACACUUUAUUCAGAGACAUCAUGUUAAUCAAGAAAACCUCAUUCACUCCCAUGGAGUUGCCACCUUAGGAGCGUUGUUACAGAAGGUGCCAAGCAACUUAAUGGAUGUGAAUGUACUCAUGGCUGUACAGCUGUUGAUAGAACAAGUCUCAGUAGAAAAGAACAUGCAGCUUUUGCAGCAGAUGUAUCAACACUUACUUUUUGACUUCAGUAUCUGGAACAGUGGGGACUUCCCCUUUAGAAUUGGGCAUAUACAGUAUCUUUCUACAAUCAUCAAAGACAGCAGAAGACUCUUCAGAAAGAAAUAUGGUGUGCAGUUUCUUUUAGACACGCUCAGGAUUUAUUAUGGGAGUGGCUGCAAAGACAGCGAUUUGGCUCCUGAUGACCUUAGAACAAUACGGACAUCCCUCUAUGGACUGAUCAAAUAUUUCCUGAGCAAAGGUGGAACACAUGAAGAAAUACAGAGCAUUGUAGGAUACAUAGCUGCCACCACUGAGGAGGAGCAGCUCUGUGGAAUUCUGGACGUUCUCUUCAGCCUACUUCAUUCUAGCCCAACUCCAGACCAGCUUUUUUUAUUGCUUUUUGAACCAGGGAAUGCUGAUAUUCUUUAUGCACUGUUAUUGCAUCAGAGGUACUCUGACAGGCUUAGAGAACUUGUGUUCAAGAUAGUGGAAGAGAUGCUGAAAUGUACUAAAGUUUAUGAACGUAGUAAGCACCGUAUGAGACUCAGAGAAGUGGGAUACUCUGGACUGGGACUCCUUCUGAAUGAAUCACCAGUUACUGUUUCUCUGAUUAAAAACCUCCUUAACCAAGUUCUAUAUGCAGAUCCUGCUGUGAAUUAUAAAGAUCUCAUAGCUAUAGUGCAUCUGGCUCAUAGAUCAGAUAUAAAUGUGAGAGUGGUUAUCUGUAGAAAGGUUUUGCACCUCUUGCAUUCCCAACUGGAUGCAGCACAACAGAUUUCUCAGCAGCUGGGCUGGCAGGACACUUUGAUUAGACUGUUCCUGAAAGAAAACUCAGAGGUCCGGAUUGGCUUUAAAGAGAGCAGGGCUGAUUCCUCAAGGGAAGAGGAAAAAAAGCCUCCUGCUGGAGAGCUUCAGAAACAACCUGAUAAGACAGAUGGAGAUAAACCUGGCAGCUUUGCAUCUGUUAAUGGUCUGUUUGAUCAGUGGAGUUUAGAAGACAACAAAUCCCUGGAUGUCCCUGCUCAUUUCUCUGUUAUGCCCCUGGAAGAUGCGCCUACAGCAGAGAUGUCUUUUAGGUCAGAGGACCGUGAAGAAUUGUGGCACAGUAACCCUUCACAUUUGAGUUUAGAUCUGUCCAGUGUUGACUCUUACGAAUUGGGUGACAUGGUGAAUCAGAUGACAGAUAGCCAGCCCAGCACACCAUCACCUACAGAGAGCACAAAACCAUUCUCUGGGCACCAUGACAAAGAGCUGGGUGUUAUAAACGACAUGGGCUUCACUGCUGAUCUUUCGCUAUUUGAAAACCAAGGAGGGGGUGAUAAUGAACUCAUACAGUUACUUACAGACAUCCUGCUGUGUAUAAUGUGGAAAGGCAUUGAAAAAUCUGACGAUGCUGCUUGGAUUGAGAGAGGACAGGUGUUUUCUGCGCUGACCAAACUGGGGAUAUCUAAUGAGUUGCUGCGACCUUCAGAUGAAAUAAAACUCAACUUGCUGGAGAAGAUGUUAGAAUGGUCAGUCACUGACAACAGAGAUUCAAAAGCUCUGCCUACACAUGCUGAAAAUGCCUUCAAGCUCUUGCUGAUUGUACAAGAUUUCCUGCAGGCAGAAGGACUAGUUAAUUCAAAUUUAUGGACAGAAAAGCUCUUGGAAGAACUAGUGACUCUCAUGGAUAGCCUGUCAGUCUGGUACUCUGCUGGCCUAGAAGCAAUUAGGCUUUCACAGGUGCAAGUCCAGUUGCUCCUUGGAUUCAUUGCACAAGAUAACUUACAGGUCUGUGCUAUGGCAGCAGCCAAGUUGAACACCCUCCUUCAGACCAAAGUAAUUGAGAGUCAGCCUGAAGCAUGCUACCUCUUGGGGAAGCUGGAAGGCAUCCUGAGCAGAUCAAUUGAAGAGAGGACAGAAACUUACUCAUUUUUGAUUCCUCUUGUUCGGACAUUGGUAUCCAAGAUCUAUGAACUUCUCUUCAUGAACCUGCAUCUCCCUUCACUGCCUCCUACCAAUGGCAGCCCAUCUUUCUUUGAGGACUUUCAAGAAUACUGCAGCUCUGAUGAGUGGCAAGUUUAUAUUGACAAAUAUAUUAUACCAAAUAUGAAGCAGUAUGAAGAUAAUUCAUUCAGACAUGAUCAUGAGCAGAUGGCACUUUAUUGGAAGGAUUGUUAUGAAGCAUUUAUGGUGAACAUGCACAGGCGAGACCGGGAGAGAGGAGAAAGUAAGCUUAAAUUUCAGGAGCAUUUUGUGGAACCAUUCAGCAGAAAGGCUCGACAGGAAAAUCUGCGGUACAACAGUAUGCUGAAGCAACUCCACAGUCAACACACAGCUACUCUGAGACAGUGGAGAGCAGCCCAGCUUUAUUUGCUCUCUGAACGUGGUCCUUGGUCUGAAAUGAAACAGCAUCCUAUUCACUGGAAACUUUCAAAUGUGGAAAAUUUUUCACGUAUGAGGCUAAAACUAGUGCAGAAUUACAACUUCAACUCUCAUCAGGAUGCUAGUGACCUGAGAGAUAAUUUAGGUGUGCACCAGACACAGCCCUCUAGUGAGUCUCUGCUUCUGGAGGUGGUGAAGCAGGUGAAAGUGAGUGACUUGGAAGAUGAUGUUCUUGAACUACCGGAAGAAGAUAUAGCAGCUAGUUCCAAUUUGGACGAGAAGGAUGAGCAAAGCCAGAAAGAAAAGCUAAUACUGUCUGAAGACUGUGAACUCAUUACAGUAAUUGAUGUGAUACCUGGCAGGCUGGAGGUCACUACCCAGCACAUCUAUUUCUUUGAUUGUAGCAUUGAAAAAGAGGAAGGGGUAGGUUUUGAUUUCAAGUGGCACCUUUCUCAAAUCAGAGAGAUACAUUUGCGUCGGUACAACCUGAGGAGGUCAGCUUUGGAGAUCUUCCUUACAGAUCAAACCAACUAUUUCCUGAACUUCAAUAAGGAGGUACGAAACAAAGUAUAUAGUCGCAUACUGUCACUGCGUUCUCCAAAUAUUUCUGGGACCAGAUCUCCACAGGAACUUUUUAAAGCCUCAGGUUUGAUGCAGAAAUGGGUGAAUAGAGAAAUAUCCAACUUUGACUACCUUAUUCAGCUGAACACAAUGGCAGGACGAACUUACAAUGACCUUGCUCAAUAUCCUGUGUUCCCCUGGAUUUUACGAGAUUAUACUUCAGAAGAACUGGACCUGAAUAAUCCUGCAGUGUUUAGGGAUCUGUCCAAACCCAUAGGGGUGGUAAAUGAAAAGAAUGCUAAGGCUGUGAAAGAGAAAUAUGAGAAUUUUGAGGAUCCCCUUGGGAUGAUUGACAAAUUUCACUAUGGGACACAUUAUUCGAAUGCUGCUGGUGUCAUGCAUUACCUCAUUCGGGUAGAACCUUUCACAACGCUUCAUAUCCAGCUUCAAAGUGGCAGAUUCGACUGUGCUGACAGGCAGUUCCACUCUAUUCCUGCUACCUGGCAGGCGCUCAUGGACAACCCCAAUGAUGUCAAGGAACUUAUUCCAGAGUUCUUCUACUUUCCAGAGUUCCUGGAGAAUCAGAAUGGUUUUCACCUGGGUCAGCUUCAGAUAUCCAAAGAGGUGGUAAAUGAUGUUGUUCUCCCCAAAUGGGCCCACUCCCCAGAAGACUUUAUUUAUAAACACAGGAAAGCUCUGGAAUCUGAGUAUGUUUCUGCUCAUCUUCAUGAAUGGAUAGAUUUGAUUUUUGGCUACAAGCAGAGGGGACCAGCUGCAGUGGAGGCACUCAAUGUGUUCUAUUAUUGUACUUAUGAAGGGGCUGUAGAUUUGGAUGCUUUAACAGAUGAGAAGGAAAGGAAAGCUUUAGAAGGGAUGAUAAACAAUUUUGGGCAAACUCCCUGUCAGCUGUUAAAGGAGCCCCAUCCACAAAGGCUGUCAGCAGAAGAGGUAGUGCAGAGACUCACUAAAAGUGAUACCUCUACUCUGAAUCUCUUCCAACACCUCACUGAGCUGAAGUCAUUCUUCAUAGAGGGAAUCAGUGAUGGUGUGCCCAUUGUCAAAGCUGUUGUCCCCAGGAAUCAGUCACGUUCCUUUAUUUCUCAGGGAAGCCCAGAGAUCUUGGUAACAGCAAGUCUGAACUGCAUUAUUGGAACUCAUGGUUGGCUACCUUAUGAUAAAAAUAUUUCCAACUAUUUUACGUUCAUCAGAGAUACCACAGUGACAAAUCCCAAAACACAACGCAACAUGAGUGGUCCUUUUGCACCGGGACUGGAGAUAACCUCUAAGUUGUUUGCAGUAUCCCAUGAUGCAAAACUGCUCUUUAGUGGAGGACACUGGGACAACAGUAUCAGAGUGACAUCUCUUACAAAAGGCAAGCUGAUUGGACAGCACAUCAGACACAUGGAUAUUGUGACCUGCUUGGCAAUAGACUACUGUGGAAUUCAUUUAAUUUCAGGGUCCAGAGAUACAACCUGUAUGAUAUGGCAAGUAGUUCAGCAGGGAGGAGUGCCGGUAGGCCUGGCACCUAAGCCAUUACAGAUCCUUUAUGGGCAUACUGAUGAAGUUUCGAGUGUUGCCAUCAGCACUGAACUGGAUAUGGCAGUGUCAGGAUCCAGGGAUGGGACUGUUAUUGUCCGCACUAUUCGGAAAGGUCAGUACGUGAGGACUCUGCGGCCACCUUGUGAGAGUUCUCUCCUCCUGACUGUUCCCAAUCUGGCUGUGUCCUGGGAAGGCCAUAUAGUUGUCCACACCAGCAUUGAAGGAAAGACUACUCUUAAGGAUAAGAAUGCAUUACAUCUCUAUUCUGUCAAUGGAAAAUAUCUGGGUUCUGAGACUCUGAAGGAGGAAGUGUCAGAUAUGUGUGUGACUGGCGAGUAUAUCGUCAUGGGCAGCUUACAGGGAUUUCUUUCCAUACGAGAUCUCUACAGCCUGAGUCUGAGCAUCUCCCCCUUAGCCAUGCGACUACCAAUUCAUUGCAUUUCUGUCACCAAAGAGUAUAGCCACAUCCUUGUUGGCUUGGAGGACGGCAAGUUGAUUAUCGUUGGUGUUGGCAAGCCAGCAGAGAUGCGCUCAGGUCAGCUUUCCCGAAAGCUGUGGGGAUCAAGCAAACGGCUCAGCCAGAUUUCAUCAGGAGAGACUGAAUAUAACACUCAAGAUUCCAAGUGAUUGCUGCUUCUACCUUCUCUCAUGGAUUCCAGAAACAUGUUUAAUUUUUUGGUCACUUUAAAUGUAUAUCUCAACUUUCAGGGGCUUGAUUCUUAAGUCUGUUAACAAUGAACCUAUAGUAGAGGUAUAGUAAUAAGCAUGUGUACUCAUGCAAGUUAGCUGGCUUGCAUAUUUUUUCUUAACUGUGUUGGAUUGGUCACAGCACAAUCCCUGUCUAAAUAGCUGCUAAAACUGUGUUUCAGAAAAGAAGGAAAGAAAAAAAAAAAAAGAAAACCAAACAACACCGCCCCUCUUCCCAAACCUCCAAAUGCAAGUUUGCUAAUUGAAUUUCAGAUAAGUAGCGUUUGAUUUGAAGGUGAAUAGGGCUUGAUGCUCCUUGAUCACGAAGAAGAUAUUUGGCUUUCCUUUGGUAGCACUGUAAUUCCCCAGCAGUAAAUUAAAAUUCUGGCAGUUGCAGUGGUUGAAUUCAAAACUGGGAUAGCUGACAGUUAUGACCUUUUAAAUAUGGGGGGUUUAGCCCAAUGAACAAUUUCUUGCAAUUUGUUCCUGUAAAUGGCUAUUGCUAUCUUCUUUUGCAUAGUUCCAGCUUCAGGCUGCUCUGCAAGGAACAUCUGUGUUGCACUACUUGAUUAUCAGAAAUUGUUUAAAGUACAGACAUGAAUAACUUCAGAGAAGUUGAAGGUGGUGAAGGAGCUGAAGGAGGUAGGAAAUACUUGCUGCUGAAAAUUAUUUAAAUGGUUAAACUAAACUAAGGCACACCAAGAAAUUCUGUAAUAUAUUUAAUAUCUUGAAGAAAAAGAGAGGAAGAAUCAAUAUCUAUAUUGGUCAAAGAUCAGUGUGUUUCUUUAGUCAGGUAACUCCUGUAAACAAAAGAUAAAUUUCCACUGCAAAAUGAUUUAAACCAACAUUGCAGCACAAUUUAAUUAAAUAGUACCUGUUUGAUUCUUGCUUGGUGUUCACCAAACCCGUUGUUAGCCACGUGGUUUUUUUUUUUCUGUAAAAACAAGCAGGGAAACAGAUAAUGUAUCCAUUUUCAAGGUGUGUUUAAGACCUGGGAAAAGAAAAUAACAGAUCCUUACAUGCCCUAUAUCCAACAAAGCAGUUUUGGUUUGUAUGCUAUAUUUUGGAGAAGCCAUCACUGAAUUUCUUUGGUUUAGCAAUACGUGAUGAUAGAAGGGUGUGUGUGUUCCUAUCGUUCUGACAUUUUUAUUUUAUUGUUUAAAUUAUAAACCCCAUACUGUUAGAAAAGCCUGGUGCCGUGGGAAAAAAUAAGAAUUUUUGGAUCAGCGUGUGAAGGUAUGUGUGCAUGUGUAUAUAUGUGUGUAUGUUUGUGUAUAUAUAUGUAUAUACAUGUACGUAUGUCUAUUAAAAGGAGAAAAUACCGUGGGGUAACGGGAGUAUAGAUAUAAAGCAGAGCUGUAAGUGAUUGUUAGCUAGUACGUUCCCUUUUGGCUACCCCUUUCUUCCCUCUACCAUCACUUUCCUUGUUAUUUUUAUUUAUUGAAAUGAAUGUGUGUUGCAUCUCCUAUAAUUGUUAUCAGAUAUUCCCUGUGGCUGGGGAGCUGUUGAACUACCUGAGGAAAUCUAUAAUGUAUAAUCUUUUCAUUAACUUUUAGCACAAUAUUUAUUAACAUUGUAGAAAUAGUAAUACCUCUUUACCCUGCAAAAGGAUAAUCUUUAAAAGUUCUGUUAAGUCUCAUUAAAACUGUUUUCUCCUCCUCAGUCUUUACUGGAAACAAAAAUCCCUUUUAAUGACUCAUCAGUGUGCUGUGUAAAGAAAGUUGCAUUGCUUUUUCUUAACUUUUGUAAGCUAAAUAAUCAGAUUAGUGAACAAGUGCAAGUGGAUCUAUGCAUAGCUGCAAUGUUCUGACUAAUCACUGUGAUAGACUGGAUUGUCUGGAAGGUUAGAAGAAAGUAAGAAUUACUUCCCUUAGUCACUUGCCAAGAGAGCAUUAAAUUUUCAGAAGUAGAGCAGUGUGGGUUUUUUCAGACUCCAUGUAUGUAAAAAAACCCAAACAACUGAACAAAAACAACCAACCAAAACAAACCACCAAAAAUAACCUGAAACCCAAACACAUCCCUUAUUUUCAAAUAAGCUAUAGAGAAGUGAAAAAUACUAUUUUAAAUCGAUUACCUAUCUAGUAAGAACACUAAGGAUAGUACUAAGUAUGCAUAUGAGAAUGUGAAGUGUGCUUGUCCGUUAUGGUUUUGUGAAGAAGGGAUUUUGGAGGAGCUUUUUUGAAAGUGGUUUAGAAAAAACUCAGUUCAGAAUACGAGAUCUUUCUGUGUCAUGGGAAGUUGAAAAAAAGAGCUCAUUCGGGGCGUUGAGUUGAUGGUUUUUAUCAGUAUGCAUAGGUGUUGUGUUUAAAUGCAUAUAUGAGGUUAAGUGUUUACUUGCAGGGGAAAGGGGGCAGGGAAUGAUGAUGUUUUGGCUAGCAGAAUCAAGUGGAGAAAUUAGGAGAACAGGUCUUUUGUAAUGUUUGUUGAGAGCACAGCUUUCUUUUUGUCACUUGCACAGACAAGGUUUGCGUAAGGUCGCAAACAUCCUACUGGGGGUUACAUAUGUUUAUACAGUACUCAUGUGAAUCUUUUUGGUAGUUUAAUAUUAAAGAAUACUGAACUCACUGUGUCAGUGUAAGUAAAAUACAAUGUCAUUGCAAUAAUUGGGGAUGAAAGAGUUUAUGGUGAAGAGCUUUGAUAUUUGAAUACCACCAUUUCAGUGCAUCACAAGCAUUGGGUGAUCUUCACAAGUAUCUGGGACAGCUUUAGAUGUGGACAGUUCUUGGGUUCUCAAACUCGAGGCUAGUUUGUGCUCAGCACAAGGCAGCAGCAGCAGAAUGCGGGAGGGACAGGUGAGCUCUGAGCUGCUUCUGCUCUACGCCGAAUGGCAACAUCCAUUGCCUUUUGAUCUUGUAUUUGGUUCUUGAGGAACGCUUAGCGUUCUUCCUUCUUGGAAAGACCUUGGAAAGGAGGUUUGAAGGUCUGCACUUUGCCUUUAUCUAAAAUCACCUUUAAAAGAUACAUACAUGUCAUACAUGUGAGCGUUAGCUGGUAUGUUGUUUCCUUUGGCUUUAACUGAUUUGUGCAAGUCUUUUUUAAAAGUAGAAAAUAACUUUUCUGAUCAGCUGUUCAGGCUGGUUGAAUUGCAGUCUCUUAUGCAGUGCACUGUGAAUUAGUGAAUUGACUUUCAUAUUUUUUUUGAUUUCCUCAAGUGAAUAAAGUUUAGGAUCACGUGUUGUUUUUCAUGUAGUAUUGGCAAAGUAAGAUUCCUCUUUGGUUUUGAACUAAGAUUUAUUUAAGUGUAAAAAGUAAAGCUGUGAGAUGAGAGACUUCUGAUAAGGAAUUCAGAAUAAACAAGUCUUAAGUGACAGUUGUUUCAUAACAUUACAUUUGUCAAGAUCUUUUUGAUGGUAUCUUCUUUUAAUUUUUAGAACAACCCUCGUGAUACUUAUCAAAGCUUAAGAUAUGCUUACCUUUGAAGCAGAGUAAUUAAGUAGGAGUGUAAAUAUAUGUAGUAAACAAAACUGAAAACUGACUCUCUUUUCAUACCUGCAUAUAAAUAAUAUCAAGUAGUUAGCGGUAUUGAGUAACUUCUCUGUAGCACAGUUUUGAACUUGCACACCAAAGGAUGAUAUUUAGAAGACAUCUCUCCUUUAUUUCAAGUAAAAUGUUUGUUAAAUUUCUCUUUAUCAAUUUACUUGUUCUUGAUAGUAUUUUUAGUUGUCUUUAUAGUGAAGAAUCUUACCUAGUCUGUGCAGUUUUUGUACUAUAUAAGCAUUCAGGAAGUGAAAUGUUUGCUGUUCAUGUUAGCAUCUGACUUGUGUGAAUUAUUUUUUAUCAAUGUAUUAACUAAUAUGUGCUCAUAGGAUAUCUAGAAACCACAUCUUCCAUCUUCCGUGUACCUUACCACCACCAGCACAAAAUAAUAAUCCCAAUCUUAAACUAACUGCACUUCUGAUGGUUAGUACACAUUGUGGAAAUUAGCUCUUAGGAAGACUAUUUAAUUUAAGAAGAAAAAAGGAAAACCCAAUAGCACAGACAUGUAUUAUAGUUGCUUUGCUAAUCUACAACAUUGAUAGAAACAAGCUUUUUUUUCCUGCUGGUAUACCUUAGAUCAUGAAUAUUAUCACAGAACAGGUUUAUCAAAGUCUUUACAGGCUUUAGUCUAGUCAAUUGGCUGCUUUAUAAAGAUAUUCUUAAAAGUUGUAUUUCUGUGCCCUUUAAAUGAAAUGCAAAGAACUAAGUUUCUGCACUGUAAAAAAAUCUGUAUGGGACUGGUAACAGUCCUAAAUCAGUCUGCUUUAAUAUGGUCCUGCAGGAAUGAUAAAUUUAUUUUUAUUUGUAAUGUACAAUAAUUGGGUAGAUCUUUUUACUCUUGCCUUAGUCAAUGGGAGCUGUAUACCUCACUUCCCUAGACCAUGUCUCCCUCUUCCCUGUUCCUUCUGCAAGUCUUUCCCAAUCUUAUAUUUUCUAAUGGUUUUGUUAAUUAUGUACAACAAUCAGAUGCUCCACAGAUUUUAUACUAUGUGUGUGUAUUUACUUGAAAAUGUGUACCGAUAUACCAAUUAUGGUAUGGUAGGGAGCUUUAAAGCUAGAGAGGGGAGCAGAACAUGUGUCAGCCUCCUUCAGCUCCUAUAUUCAGAGUCUGUGUAGACAUUUCUCUGUAUUGUCACCUGAAGGCACUCCUUUCUUCCACGGUUAAAGGCGCCUUGCUGGCCGGGUUAGAUGCUGUGACUGGGUGCUCUGAGUACUUUUUUUUUUCCUCCCCAUUCAAAGAAUUAAAAAACCCCAAACCAACACAUAUAAAUGCAUAUCAUAAUGUGAACCUAAGACCUGACCUAAUAAAUACUGUUAGAUGAAAGCACUACAUAGGGUUAUAUUUAGUUGGGUGGAAAUUCAAACAUGUGCUUCAGUGCUUUCUAGAGUGGGCUUUUCAUGCUUCUUGGUUUAAAAGCUAUGUCAGUUUCAGCUGUGAACAUGACACUCCUUAGUAGUCUCCUUUUGGGGAGAGUAACAGUUUUUGUGCAGUGGUAUGCAUGUGGGUCCAUCGUACACCAAUGUUAGAUUCAACUGAAGUGUUUGGAAGAUAUCUUCCCCUCCAUCCCAGGGAGCCAAAUUCUCAUUAUUACUAAUUGCUCUUGCUAGCAUGUACUUAUAAAGGAAGCAAGGGUUUUCUGAAAAGCUACUGCAGCUAAAAAAUAUUUUUGGGGGCUAAAUUUGGUUGUCCCCUUCUUCACUAUUAUAGUUAUCCAGAUGCCUGAACGCAGAAAUACUUCUGAGUGGCGGCAUAGCGCACUCUGCACAGUUUGAGUUGAGUGCUGUUCAUCUUAGUGCAGUCUUGAACACCCCAUCUGUGAGGAACUGUUUGUAGUGUUUAAUCAAAGGUACCCUUUGUUAGCUUUUAAUUCACCUUUUUGCUGUGCAUCUGUGGAAAAUUGUUGUGUGUUUCUUUUAAUUACCGUUUACCCAAAUGGCCCAGAUAAAAUCGGUGUUUCACUUUUCAGGAGGGAGUUCUUCCAGUUGUGUGUUCUUUUCGUUUUUCAUCUACUGGACUUGGGAAAUUCGGCAAGUAUUUCCAGAGCUUCGGUCUGUGGUUAUACUCAGCACAGACACAAUUUCAUAACACAUCUUCUGUCCCAGAAGCAUGAUUGUCAGUAUAGAUUAUGGUUUAAAGCUGCUAAGGUGUUUUGAGAUUGAAAUAUAAAACAUCUAGCCAUAUAUAUCAUAGAUCUAACUGAACUUAGAAGCCACUUCUUUAUUUAGCUUCCUAUCUAGUCAGUAUUUUCCUCUUGAGGGAGCCAUAUUUUAUGCCUUGAAGUAACUUUUUAAAAUAAACUUAGUCUUGCACCUGACAGCACUGCUUUAGUCAUACAUAACUGUGAGCUGUUGCUUAAAGAAAGGGAAUGAGGGGGAAAAAAAUAAUGAGAACUUGCAAUACGUGUUCUAAUUCAGUCCCUUACUAUGCAGGAGCGCUUAAUAUAAGAUUAGGUAAAUGUAAGACUUAACCUCCAUUUGGUCAGUGUUUUGAUGGAAGCUGUGACACUACUCAGUGUGCUUGAUGAAUUUUUACUAAUGAGGGAGUGAAAGCAAAGGCCUUACAGCAACAGUUAACCAUAUAUUCUGAUAAUUCUUACAGAUUGUGCAAUUACAUGAUUACAAAUGGAUUUUUAAAUGCCAAAAAAUGCCUUUUUUUAAGAGCUAAAUGUUAGGUCUGAGGAGUGUCAGAAAUACCUGCUUUCAAAAAUGACCCUUCAGGCACUGUAAUGAACUUGCUGUCAGUCUUCUGUGCAAUAUCUUUCUCCCUUCUGGGUGCUUUAAGAGUAUACUGUAUGUCUUAUUUUAUUUUACCAGUAUGUUUUAAGAGUGUGUAUAUUGGCUAAUGAUGGGUGUUUUUCUGUACAGCAUGGUGGAAGAUGUUUUAAAAUUUUGCACUUUUCUAGGAUUUGCAAGUUUGUAACCUGACAAUUUUUAACAUGCACACUUUUGUACAUAAUUAGCAUUGUAUAUAUUUAACAUGAGUCUGAAGCAAAUAAAAGUAAUUGAAUGCAUAA